AUGGCUGGAUCUACAUCCUCCAUGUCCUCGGACACGGUGCACGAGAAGCCACUCUACGUGCCCAACGAAAACGUCCAAAGCAAUGCCGCCGCAACCAUCACCACCGCCACUGAAAAGGCACCCCCUUCAGAGAAGUACGACGCUGAGCGUGCGCAACCGCCGUCUACGCCUUCAGAGCAGGUCGCCGCGCCCCCCGGCCCCUCGCCCGAUGACUUCCCCGACGGCGGUCGCGAGGCUUGGCUCGUCGUCUUCGGCGGCUGGUGCGCGCUCUUCUGCACCUUUGGCCUCAUCAACUGCGUCGGCGUCUUCCAGCAGUACUACGUCGCCAACACCCUGCGCGACUACAGCGCCUCCACUGUCAGCUGGAUCACGUCGACGCAGGUCUUCAUGAUGAACUUUCUCGGCAUCCUCAUCGGCCGCCUCUACGACAACUACGGCCCCGCUUGGAUCCUGCGCGCCGGCACCGUCGUCUACAUCUUCGGCCUGAUGAUGACCUCGCUCGCCACCGAGUACUACCAAAUUUUCCUCGCCCAGUCCAUCGUCGCCGCCAUGGGGUCCAGCGCCAUCUUCCAUGCCUCCAUGGCCAGCAUCGUCACCUGGUUCCUCCGAAACCGCGCCGCCGCGUACGGCAUCAUGGUUUCGGGCUCGUCGCUCGCCGGCGUCGUCCUGCCCAUCAUGAUGGACCACCUGAUCCGCCGGAUCGGCUUCCCCUGGACCAUCCGCGCCGUCGCCUUCCUCUUCCUCGGCCUGCUCGUCGUCGCCAACCUCACCAUCAAGUCGCGGCUGCCGCCCAAUCCACGCCCUUUCGUCCUGCAAGAGUACGUCGACACCUUCAAGGACGUCAAAAUGGUCCUUACCAUCGUGGGCUCCUUCUUCUUCAUGUGGGGCAUGUUCCUGCCCUUCAACUACAUCCUGCUGCAGGCCCAGGCCGCCGGCAUGACGCAGACGCUGGUGCCCUACCUGCUGCCCAUCCUCAACGCCAUCAGCAUCUUUGGCCGCGUGCUGCCCGGCCUCGCCGCCGACAGGCUCGGCCGCUUCAACGUGGUGCUGUGCAUCGUCCUCGCCUCAGCCGUCUUCGUCCUGGCCAUCUGGAUACCCGUCACUUCCACGGCCGGCAUCAUCGCCUUUGCCGCCCUCUUUGGCUUCUCGUCCGGCGGCUUCGUCUCGCUCGCCCCGACGCUGAUCGCCCAGGUCUCCGACAUUCGCUACAUUGGCACACGUGUCGGCACCGCAUUUGCCGUCAUGGCCUUUGGCGCGCUGACCGGCAGCCCGAUUGGUGGCGCCAUAGUGUCGCGCCAGCACGGCGAGUACAUUGGCCUGCAGCUGUUUUGCGGUGUGUCGAUGGUGAUUGGGUUCGGCUUCUUUGUCGCGGCCCGCUAUGCCCAGGUUGGUGCGAAGAUCACCAAAGUCUGA